AUGCAUGCUAGCUCUUUACCAAAUCCUCCGAUCCUUUCACAAUUUCAAUAUUAUAGCAAACAACCAAUAGAUAAUAAUUUUCUUCAUGUACCCUCAAUAGUAACUUCUCCUUCUACUCAUCAUAGUCCUACCUCAUCCGCUGAUUCUUUUUCAUCUCCCAUCUCUCAAGCAAUCUCUGCUCCUGUUACUCCAACUAACAGUGUUCCUCCUCCGCCACCCUCACUUUUGUCAAAUCAACCUCCUAGAAGAGGGAAUUGUAAAUUUGGCAAUAAAUGUGCUCUGUCUCACAAUCAACCAUUAAAAACUUCUACCAAACAAAUUAACAAUAACCCUAAUAAUAAUGGUAAAAAUAUUAAUGGAUUAAGAAUUAAUAAUAUUCCUGAGAUUAUUAGAUCACCUGUAUCUCAAAGUUACGGUAAUAAUAAUCAACAAGAAUUAAACGAUUUUUCAUCGUCAAAUUCACCUGGAAUGGUUCCGUUCUCUCGUAUGCCAUUAAGUCCAACUGAAUAUCAAAAUAGUCAUAGAUCUCAUAGCCAAUUAACCGCAUCUUUGAAUCCAUCUUCUGCCCCUCCAUUGUACUCGGAUGAUAACUACUCACCUUCCUCUAGAUCAUUAAGGACCACUUCACCAACAUUUAUUGGCUUUAACAAUGGUAAUGGCAAUGACAAUAACCAUUUAAGUGCUCCGAUUAAUAUUAAUUUUCAACAACGUAGAUCUUUGCCUGAUAUUUCGCAACCAAGUCCUAUGGAUCCAUUUAGCACCUCACCCUACCAAUCUAAUGUUAGAACAAAAGGAUCAUUUUUACCUUUCUCCUCUUACUCUGAAAGUGGCAUACUUUCGCCAACUUCUUCUUCUUUCCAACAACUUCACAGUAUCCCAGAAGAUCGUCAUGUUCAUAAUAAUAAUAGUUUCAAUACUAGCAGUUAUCUUGACCAAAAUAUUCAAUCGUCACCAUUAAUUGAUGAUGUUGAUUACGAAGAAUUCAUCCCUUCCUCGCUAAACGAUUUACUAACCCCAGAUGAACGUAAACGAAGACGUAGUAGACAGGAAGAAACUUUGGAAAUAAUUAGUCCUAGAAGAUUGUUCUCGAAUUCUUCUUCUUUACAUCCUUCUGACGUUCAAUAUGCUUACAACUCUCAUCACGCAGUGGACCCAUCACAUAUUCAUCAUUCAACUGUACGUUCUUUACCAUACGGAUUUGUUGAUGGUCCAGCUUCUUCUAAUUAUUCUUCUGCUUCGAUAACUCAUGAUGAUAUUCAACCAAAUGGUUUUAUGAAUUUUAGCAGUCCUAUCAACAUCCCUUCACCACAUGAAAAUCAUUCGACAAGCACAAACUCAUCAUCAUUGUUUAGCGAUUUUCGUGUAAUAAGCAGACCAAUUAGUAUUAAUGCCAACGUCACUAAUGAUGAUAGUAUUAUUAAUGGUGACAGUGGUGGUGUUGAUGGUUUAAAAGAUCCCGUUAAUAGUACUACUACUAGUAACAAUAACACAUCCACAACUUCUUCAACAACUUCGCCAACAACAUCAUCGUCGUCUAAUUCUGGGCUUGCAAAAAGAAAUGAAAGAAAUUCGAUAUUAAAGGAUUCAAAACACAAAGAGAUUAAAUUUAAACAGGAAAUCUUUGUAUAUACGCACACAAUCGGCCAAUUGUUCAGACUUUUGGAAUAUGAAGAUUGUGUUUUUAUUAUCGAUAUCUCUUCCGCCAUUAAUAAUGAUGUGACUUAUGACACUGCCUCUGCGAUGUUAUUUCAUCCUUUGUUUGCAGUGCUAAAAACCGAAUCGUUUCGCUGUAUGAUUAGAAGAGGACCAUCAGUCUUCUUCAUUUUAAGAGCCUCGAGAACCAGAUCAACAAUGUCUUCAUUUUGUAAAAUUGUUGUAAAUUGA